UCAAGACGAAGCAUUUAUAUUACUAUAAGUGUACAUAUUAAGUGUAAAUACUACUAGUUUAUUAUAAUUAUAAUAAGAUGACAAACGAUAUUUCAAGGGAACCCAUCAGUAGAACUCGAGUUGUAUUAUCACAGGUGCUAGCAUGUCUGGCGCUGGACGUCCUACUCCUGGGCCUGGGGAUGUCCAUCAGCUUCGUCACGAUGGUGCUGCCGGAUGUGCUGGACGCCAAGCAGGGACUCUCCAUCAACAAGGAGCAGGCGUCGUGGUUUGGCAGCAUGGCGUUUCUCUGUCAGCCCCUCGGCAGCGUCUUCUCCGGGCCUCUUCUGGACUACUUCGGUCGGAAGAAGGCGCUGUUCCUGGUGAACAUCCCGCAUCUCAUAGCCUGGCUGCUGAUGUAUCUGGCCUGGGACGUGCCAAGCCUGUUCAUUGCCAACGCUUUGCUUGGCAUCGGCACGGGAAUCAUGGAAGCGCCGUCGAUUACUUAUGUUGGGGAGAUUACGGAUCCCAGCGUCCGUGGUACCCUCACCACGUUGACCAACUGCUUCACAUCAGCGGGGAUGUUCAUCGCGUACCUGCUGGGCACGGUGCUGCCGUGGCGGCAGGCGGCGCUGGUGUCUCUCGCCGCUCCUAUAGCUACCAUGGCGUUGGUGCUGUUUGUGCCCGAAACACCCAUAUGGCUGCUCUCGAAGGGUCGCCAGAAAGAAGCCCUACAUUCUCUCUGUCGCGUCCGUGGUUGGGCGCCUCCGGAAGACGUCAAAGAGGAAUUCGACGAUCUUCUACAGUACAGCGAUCUGAUCUCCCAAUGCGUGAUCUGCGCCAACGAGGGGAAGCCAGAAACGGAGGAGUGCGAGCAUAAAAACAUGAAUUUCUUCAAGAGGAUGAUCAAUAAGAUGAGGCAUGUCUUCUUCGUGAAGGAGACUCUGAGGCCGUUUUCGCUGGUGAUGGCUUACUUCUUCUUCCACACCAUGAGCGGCUUCAUACCGGUCAGGCCGAAUAUGGUGAACCUCUGCAAGGCGUUGGGCAUGGCCGCUGAUCCGAAAUUGAUCGUGGUGAUAGCCGGAGUAGUGUUCAUAGUAAUGAAUGGACUCUCAGCGGUUAUAGUCAAGGAGUUCGGGAAGAGGAAGCUGAUCAUAAGCUCUUUAUUCGCGACAGCUUGUUCUAGUCUAGCUAUAAGUCUCUAUGCCGGUACCAAACUACCGACAGAAGUCUUUUCAUAUGAGACCAGCACCUUUCCAGAGGGUACCGAGGUGGUACCAGUAGUUCUAUUCAUGCUGCUAGCUUCGUUCAGCAGUUUGGGCAUACCCUGGGCACUGCUAUCUGAGGUAUUUCCCUUUAGGAGCCGUGGUAUGGCCACAAGCUUAGCAGCCGCUCUAGUGUACGUUAUCUUCUUCGCAUCUUCUCUGACCAACUACAAUCUAGAAGAGAACUUCCACCUGAGUGGCACAUUCACCUUCUACGCUCUUCUGGGCUUCAUAGGAACAAUUUACCUCUACUUUUUCCUGCCAGAAACAGAAAAUAAAUCCCUAGUAGAAAUAGAAGCAUUUUAUAAGGGUAAUCAGAAAAUAUUUGCGAAUGAUUUCUUUAUAAAUGCAUUUAGGAAGAAAAUUAAUAAUGGGGCUGAUAAGCCUAUGCUAGUCCAAAAAUGAUUUUUAACUACAUCAGUACCGUAAGUCUUUUGCUAAAAAAAGGAGGCGUGCCUCUUUUACUCUAAUUUUGUGUCUGUCAUCAAAAUCGAGACUUGGCUGGGGCACUGCCGUGCCCCCAGAUAUAAAAAUUUACAGACAAAUUGAGAACUCCUUUCGAAUUCGUCAAAAAAGUGUUAAGAUAUUGUAAUUGUUUUUUCACAAAUAGCAAUAUUACUUGAUGAGAAUUUGCUUAACCAUUUUUUCAUGGUAUACGAUUUUUAUUUAGAUUUAAUUUCUUUAUAUAUUUUCUCUAUUAGAUGAAACUAUUUUCGAAAUUUCAC